AUGCAAACAGAGGUUGCAUGUUGGAUGCAUACGGGAGAGAGACAAGCGGCAAAGAUGAGAAAAGCAUAUCUUCGGUCUAUGUUAAGUCAAGACAUAAGCUUAUUCGACACCGAAUCUUCCACCGGAGAAGUCAUCUCCGCCAUCACCUCUGACAUACUUGUCGUCCAAGACGCUCUAUCCGAGAAGGUAGGAAACUUUUUGCACUGCAUGAGCCGGUUUAUAGCUGGUUUUGCAAUCGGAUUCGCGAGCGUAUGGCAAAUAAGUCUCGUGACUCUCUCCAUAGUCCCACUCAUCGCGGUCGCCGGUGGUAUCUACGCUUACGUCAGCACCGGACUCCUCGCCAGUGUCCGUAAAUCAUACGUCAAAGCCGGCGAGAUUGCGGAAGAGGUGAUUGCGAAUGUGAGGACCGUCCAAGCAUUCACGGGAGAAGAAAAGGCGGUGAGAUCAUACGGAGAAGCACUAAAGAAUACUUACACGUACGGGAGAAAAGCCGGUUUAGCUAAAGGACUAGGACUCGGUUCGAUGCACUGUGUUCUGUUUCUGUCGUGGGCUUUGCUUGUUUGGUUUACAAGCAUCAUUGUUCAUAAAGGGAUUGCUAGUGGUGGCGAGUCUUUCACCACCAUGCUCAACGUCGUCAUCGCUGGCUUGUCUCUUGGCCAGGCAGCGCCAGACAUCUCCACAUUAGUACGAGCACGAGCUGCUGCUUAUCCCAUCUUUCAGAUGAUUGAACGUAACAAGGAAGUGAAAACAGGUCGUAAACUCGGGAAAGUAGAAGGAGAGAUUUGUUUCAGGGACGUGACUUUCACAUACCCGUCACGUCCUGACGUGGUGAUCUUUGACAAGCUAAACCUAGUGAUCCCUGCUGGGAAAGUCGUCGCUCUUGUUGGAGGAAGCGGGUCUGGUAAAAGCACGGUGAUAUCUCUAAUCGAGCGGUUCUACGAGCCUAUCGAUGGGGCGGUGUUGCUUGACGGGAACGAUAUUAGAUACCUUGAUCUUAAGUGGCUUAGAGGACAUAUUGGUUUGGUUAAUCAAGAGCCUGCUUUGUUUGCAACUACCAUUCGUGAGAACAUUAUGUAUGGUAAAGAUGAGGCUACUGAUGAGGAAAUUAACCGCGCAGUAACGCUCUCGGAAGCGGUUUCAUUUAUCAACAGACUCCCAGAUGGUUUGGAAACUCAGGUUGGGGAGAGAGGGAUUCAGCUAUCAGGUGGGCAGAAACAGAGGAUAACGAUCUCGAGAGCGAUAUUGAAGAACCCAUCAAUACUCUUACUAGACGAAGCAACAAGCGCACUAGAUGCAGAGUCAGAGAAAAGCGUGCAAAAAGCUUUGGACAAAGUGAUGGUUGGGAGGACGACGGUUGUGGUGGCUCAUCGACUCUCCACCGUAAGAAACGCUGAUAUCAUAGCCGUUGUUCACGGAGGAAACAUUAUUGAAUCCGGAAGCCACCACGAACUCAUCUCUAACCCGGAUGGAGCUUACUCUUCUCUCCUACGUAUCCAAGAAGCUGCAAACCCUAACGUAAACCACACUCAAAGCUUACUAGUCAGUUUCUAUUUCUUUCGUUUUUACAGUACAGAACCCUUGCCGGAAAAACCAAUAAUAAAGACAAACUUGUAUUCCAUGCAUCAACAAGGAAACCAACCAGACAUGAGCAGACCGGGAAAAGUAACGUUGGGACGUCUCUACUCUAUGAUACGUCCUGACUGGAAGUAUGGACUGUUUGGGUUGGUUGGUUCCUUAAUCGCCGGAUCUCAAGUGCCGCUUUUUGCGCUUGGGAUUUCGCAGGCUUUAGUUUCUUAUUACAUGGACUGGGAGACAACACAAAAGGAAGUCAAGAGGAUCUCUAUUCUCUUCUGUUGUGCAUCUGUCAUAACCGUCAUCUCACACGCCAUUGAGCAUACCAACUUUGGUAUCAUGGGUGAACGUCUCACUCUCCGCGUCCGUCAAAUGAUGUUUUCAGCAAUCUUGAGGAAUGAAAUCGGGUGGUUUGAUAAAGUGGAUAACACUAGCUCGAUGUUAGCGUCGCAGCUUGAAAGCGACAGCACUUUGCUUAGAACGAUCGUGGUCGAUAGAUCAACGAUUCUAUUAGAGAAUUUUGGUCUAGUUGUGACAUCUUUCAUCAUUUCUUUUAUACUCAACUGGCGUCUCACUCUUGUUGUCUUAGCAACAUAUCCAUUAAUCAUCAGCGGACAUAUUAGUGAGAAACUGUUCAUGCAAGGCUAUGGAGUAAACUUGAAUAAAGCGUAUUUAAAGGCUAACAAGUUGGCUGGAGAGGCUAUUAGCAACAUUCGAACCGUAGCUGCCUUUUGUGCCGAGGACAAGGUUCUUGAACUUUAUUCCAAUGAGCUUCUAGAACCUUCCGAACGUUCUUUUAGACGUGGACAGACGGCUGGGAUUUUGUACGGUGUCUCUCAGUUCUUCAUCUUCUCCUCCUACGGUCUUGCCCUCUGGUACGGAUCGGUUUUGAUGGGGAAAGGACUAUCAAAUUUCGAGUCUGUGAUGAAAACAUUCAUGGUUUUGAUUGUUACGGCUUUAGUGAUGGGUGAAGUGUUGGCUCUAGCCCCUGAUAUACUUAAGGGAAACCAGAUGGUUGCUUCGGUUUUCGAGCUGUUGGACCGAAGAACUCAGGUCGUUGGAGAUAAAGGAGACGAGAUGAGUAAUGUGGAAGGAACUAUUGAGCUCAAAGGUGUACAUUUCAGCUAUCCUUCACGGCCUGAUGUGACUAUCUUCCGCGAUUUUGACCUAACAGUUCCUUGUGGGAAAAGCAUGGCGCUUGUGGGACAAAGCGGGUCCGGCAAGAGUUCGGUUCUUUCGCUCAUUCUCCGGUUCUAUGAUCCUACAUCUGGAAUAAUCAUGAUAGACGGACAAGACAUAAAGAAGCUGAAACUUAACUCGCUGCGAAGACACGUCGGUCUAGUUCAACAAGAACCGGCUCUGUUUGCAACAACUAUCUACGAGAACAUCUUGUACGGUAAAGAAGGAGCUUCGGAAUCUGAAGUCAUAGAAGCAGCUAAGCUUGCAAACGCUCACGACUUCAUCUGCUCUCUCCCGAACGGCUACUCAACACAAGUCGGGGAACGUGGCGUUCAGAUGUCAGGUGGACAGAGACAGAGGAUCGCUAUCGCUAGAGCCGUCCUCAAGAAUCCAGCAAUUCUGCUACUUGAUGAAGCCACAAGCGCCUUGGACGUUGAAUCAGAGCGUGUGGUACAACAAGCAUUGGAUAGGCUAAUGAAUAACCGGACCACGGUGAUAGUGGCUCACCGGUUGUCAACGAUCAAGAACUCAGAUAUGAUAAGUGUGAUACAAGAAGGUACGAUCAUAGAGCAAGGCAGCCACAACAGCCUUAUUCAGAACAAGAAUGGUCCUUACACUAAACUUAUCAAUCUUCAGCAGCAGCAAGCAUCCUGA